GUUAUAAUAGGACGUCGCGAUCGCGCGCACAAUAUUGCGCGCACGCUACAGGGGCGAGAACGGUCGGAGUGACGUGCGAGAAGCGCGUCGGAAUAUAAGGGCUAAGCUACUACGAUGGCGAAGAAUGCGCUAGGGGAUAGACUUCGGGCCUAAUGCAAAGUGUGCGGUUAUGAAGAUCGCACGGAUAUGACUGCGCGAAUCGGCCGGGAGACCGAGCGAGGAAGAGAAAAGCGCAUCUGACGAAUGUGCGCAAUCUGUUAUGGGACGAGCACGGGCAGCUCGCAGCAAAUGCGAGACGGCGUACGAGACCGAGGGAGCAUAGAGGAGGCCCUGAAGCAGCACAGCAGCAACCCUUGGCCUAUCGAUGCUGUGCUCGAAGUCCUGGACGAUUGGGCACGCUGGCUGCACCACGCAGUAUUCGGUAUGGCACUAGCGGUGCAACUAAACGGCAGGAUGUGGAUCAGUAGAUCAGGAGAUGGUUCGCAGAGAAAUUUGCAUAGUGAAGGUCUAAGGACUGUAUCUGGUAAUACGCGCUUGCAAACCGUAGUCGAGCGGUUACUUCGUUCCACAACACACCGAGUGCGGAAGAAUGUCAUCUGCGGCGAGAUGGUUGUCUGGGAGCGUGUCAUGAUAGAGUAGAUACGAAGGCAGGAGAGGGGCGAAAGAUAGAGACAAUGGAGACACGCGGGAACAAUGCGC